AAAGUCCCACUCCCAAGUCCCAACAUCCCAGGAUCUCUCUCUCUCCCCUACCUAUAACUAACUUUCCGACCGUUAUUCUCUUCUUACAACUGCCAUUAACCACUAACCACCAUCUUAAAUGAAAACCACCUCAGCCUCCUACCACAUCAUACCACCAACACCACCACCAAACUCUUCAAGCUCUAACUCUAACCGUAUCCAAUACAAACCAAAACCAUCACUCCACACCCCUCAUCCCAAACACCUAACACCACCACAUCUCUCAACAACACUAACCGUAGCCGAAAAACUAAACAUCCUCGUAUCCGAAUUCAAAUCCUUACCCAAGCCAAUCGACCGGGUGAAACGCUUAAUACACUACGCAAGUCUCCUACCAGAGCUGGAACAAUCAUGUAAGGUGGAACCAAACAGAGUGACCGGGUGUACGGCUCAAGUGUGGCUAGAAGUGGUGAUGGAGGAUGAUGGAACAAUGAGAUUUAGAGUGGACAGCGAUUCGGAGAUCACGAAAGGGUUCUGCUACUGUUUGGUUUGGUUACUGGAUGGUGCAGCUGCUGAUGAUGUUGUUGAAGUCAGGGUUGAUGAUUUGAGUGAGAUGAAUGUUGGAGUGUUGCCGGUUAGGGUUAGUUCUAGGGUUAUUACAUGGCAUAAUGUGUUGCUUAGCAUGCAGACAAGAACUAGAGAUUUGGUUAUGGAAUCAUCAACCUCUUAGUUUGUUACAAUAGUUGA